CGCGGGAGGCGGGUCCGCGCCUCGGGUCCCCCGGGUUCCGGCGCCGGCGUUUUGGUUCCGGAGGACGAGCGCGCGGGCCGCCGGCUUCCUCCUCUCGCCGCCCGGACGCUCGGCCGCCGGCCGCCCGGGCUGGAUCGUGCGCGUUGCGCCGUCGGGCUCGGGCCGGGGCCCCCGCACCCCCAGGAGGCCCCCGCGGCUUUCCGGCGCCCGCAGCCCCGGCCGAGCUCCUCCCGUCGGGGCCCCGCCGCCCCGCGGCCUCCCCGCGCCAGGGGCCGGGCCCCCAGGAUGUGACCCCGCGCCAUGGACAGCCCGGGGCUGGUCAUCCGCAUCCGCAUCCCCAACAGCGGCGCGGUGGACUGGACGGUGCACGCCGGCCCGCAGCUGCUCUUCAGGGACGUGCUGAUGAAGAUGAAGACGGAGAUCGGAUCACGGUGCGGAGUGACGAGGAAAUGAAGGCCAUGCUGUCCUAUUACUACUGCACAGUAAUGGAGCAGCAAGUGGACGGACAGCUGAUCGAACCGCUGCAGAUAUUUCCGAGAGCUUGCAAGCCUCCUGGGGAACGGAACAUACAUGGCCUGAAGGUGAACACCCGGGCUGGAGCCCCUCAGCACAGCAGCCCUGCGGCCUCCGACUCUCUUCCAAGCAAUAGCUUGAAGAAGUCCUCUGCCGAGCUGAAGAAGAUACUAGCCAAUGGCCAGAUGAAUGAACAAGACAUCCGGUACCGAGAUACCCUCGGCCACGGCAACGGAGGCACCGUGUACAAAGCAUACCACGUCCCCAGCGGCAAGACCUUAGCUGUGAAGGUCAUCCUGCUGGACAUUACACUGGAGCUGCAGAAGCAGAUCAUGUCUGAGCUGGAAAUUCUCUACAAGUGUGAUUCCUCAUACAUCAUAGGGUUUUACGGUGCAUUUUUUGUAGAAAACAGGAUCUCCAUAUGUACAGAAUUCAUGGACGGGGGAUCGUUGGAUGUAUAUAGAAAGAUUCCAGAGCCUGUCCUUGGGAGGAUUGCCGGAGCUGUUGUCAAAGGCCUGACCUACCUGUGGAGCCUGAAGAUCCUACACAGAGAUGUGAAGCCCUCCAACAUGCUGGUGAACACCAGAGGCCAGGUCAAGCUGUGCGACUUUGGAGUCAGCACCCAGCUGGUGAAUUCUAUCGCCAAGACGUAUGUCGGAACAAAUGCUUACAUGGCGCCUGAGAGGAUCUCCGGGGAGCAGUAUGGGAUCCACUCAGACGUCUGGAGCUUAGGAAUCUCUUUCAUGGAGCUCGCUCUUGGGAGCUUUCCAUAUCCUCAGAUUCAGAAAAACCAGGGAUCUUUAAUGCCUCUCCAGCUUCUGCAGUGCAUUGUUGAUGAGGAUUCGCCCGUCCUUCCGGUUGGAGAGUUCUCAGAACCAUUCGUACAUUUCAUCACUCAGUGCAUGAGGAAACAGCCGAAAGAAAGGCCAGCACCGGAGGAGCUGAUGGGUCAUCCGUUCAUCCUGCAGUUUAACGACGGCGACCCCACCGCCGUGUCCAUGUGGGUGUGCCGGGCGCUGGAGGAGAGGCGCCGCCAGCAGGGGCCCACCUGAGCCCUGGGGCGCCCCGAAGCCGGGAAGACUCGCCACCCCACCCCCCAGCUGCAACCCCCUCCUGUCUCCACUCACUGCUUCCCGCUCCGUCCACUGCCCGCAGCUGGCCCUGAACCUGGGAUCUGGAGCCUCUCCCUCGGGACAGGGAAAGGGGGCUGGGGGGGGGGGGGCUUCCCCGACCUCUCUCCUCACUCGCAGCUCUGUAAAGGUCCCCCUGAGCCCCCAAGCACUGAUGGGAAUAAAGUGUCCCUGCUUUUCUCUGCAGAA